ACGUUCAGCAAAUUCCACAUUUUUCCGAUAAAAUUUUUAUAUUUAAUAUUGUUUUAUUAUGAUUAAAGAAUUUUUGGAUCCGGAAGAAAAGGCAAUUUUUGUCGAAAAUAAUGAACCAUCAGAAGAUAAUAUUCCGCUUAAUAUUGUACCUUUGUCUAGAAGCUUUGCAGAGAACGAGCAUGCAAUUGAUGACGGUAUGGAAUUUGAAGAACAAAUGAAUGCCUGUGAGCAUGAUGAUACAGACUCAGAAGAAGAAGAAGAUGCAACAAGUGUCGCUGAUAUGUCAACAACUUAUUUUACCGGAUAUGUAGCAAAAUCUCUGCUAAAGAAAUCAAAAUGCGAAAUUUGCAAACAUUUCAUGAUAAAAACAAAUAAUGAAAAUAAGGUCUACACAAAAAGUGAAGAGCUUAUUAAAUGUAGAGAGUUUAAUAAUACGACAAAUGGAGGAUUAACAACACCAACUGCGCAAUUUAUUCGAAACCUGGACAGCUCAGCUUGCCAGACAUUCACCUAA